GUCAGCUUUCGGCCGCUCAUAUCUGGUUGUGAAGAGCAGUAAGAAUGGUGAAAACUGUGGUUCCUGCUGAUGCAAUUGUUGUCGAAGUUCUUAACAAAGAUAACUACGAGCAUUGGAGUGCAUUGGUUACAAAUUAUUUGGUGGCUCAAGACCUUUGGGAAGUAGUAGAGGCUACAGCUGAACCUCCUAAACCAGAACAAGAAGCAGAAGUUGAUGAUCAGUUCAAGGCCUGGAGGAAGAAGAAUGCAACAGCUUUACAUACGAUCCAAGUUUCGUGCGGGCCUGAUGCUUUUUCGAUGAUUAAGGAGAUUAGUUCAGCCAAAAUUGCUUGGGAUACUUUGGCCAAAAAGCUCAUGCCGCAACCAUCACUCCUAAUUAAUUCAUUUGUUCAGUCUGCAAACUCAUCAUCCAACCCAGAUGCUGCAAUUGCUGCCAAGCAUGAUCCGUAUCAACCUUUCUUCGCUGCUGUUAAGCUCGGUGAUUGGCGUAAAGCGCAGGAAUUUCUUACCCGAGAUCCCAAUGCAAUAAGAGCAAGAUAUUCAACAGGAGGAACAGCUCUUCACAUUGCAACCACCUUCGGACAUGAGCAUAUUGUGCAAGAGUUGGUUCAGUUGAUGACACCGGAAGACUUGGAAAUGCAAGAUGCUACUUGGACAGCUCUUCAUCUUGCUGCAAGAUUAAAUCUCAAAAUGGUUGAAUGCAUGGUUACAAAGAACAGGAAACUACUUGGCAUUGUUGAAGAGUCCCACGGUCUGACACCAAUUCUCUUCGCUGCUAAGAAUGACUUAUGGGCUAUCGUUCGUUAUCUCUACUCCCUCACUCCGAUAGAAGACCUAAAGCCAGAGAAUGGCCCUUAUGGCGCUGGACUUGUUUGCUUUUGUUUCUAUGCCAAACAAUUUGAUAUUGCGUGGGAAUUACUUCAGCGUUGCCCACGAUUGGUAAUUGCUAAAAGUCCGUGGGGAGGAUCCCCUAUAUUUGAUUUGGCUGAUAUCCCUUCUGCAUUUCCGAGUGGGAUGCGGCUCAAAUUCUGGGAAAAGUGGAUCUAUGAUGGUAUACACAUACAACAUCCUCCUGCCAUCCAUGAUGUUCACGUCAAUGUUGAAAAUCUAGAAGAGAAACUGGGCAACCAAAAUAUCAGUUUCUCAGUCUUCGGUUUCAAGCAAGGGCCUUCUUCAAGCCUCCGCAAGCUUUUAGGAAUCAACCGCAUAUGUGAAAUGAAAUUGAUCCACGCUCGAUCCCUAGAUAUUUUGGAUUACAUGGGUGAAGUGUUAAAGCAUCUAGACACUCAAGAAAUGGUAGAUGGCCUCGUCUAUGCAGCAAUAUUCCGAGCUGUACGAAGUGGGAUUAUUGAGUUCAUUAUUCGUUUAUGUAAAGUAGAUCCGGAUAUAUUGUGGCAAAUCAAUUCUAUGGGGAUGCUAUCUCCAACAGAAAAACUUGAUCGUAUUUCAGGUGCAGCCUUGCAAAUGCAGAGAGAAAGACAAUGGUUCAAGGAGGUGAAAAGUCUUGUAGUUUUACCCUCGGGAGUGGGAGCUUUCAAUAAACAGGGUAUGAGACCCCAUGAAGUAUUUACCCAGAACCAUAAUAAAUUGAAGGAAGAAGGAGAAAAGUGGAUGAAAGAUACAGCAACUUCUUGUACGGUUGUAGGUGCUCUCACUAUUACCAUCAUGUUUGCUGCAGCCUUCACAGUUCCUGGUGGAAACAAUGGAGGAACAGGCUUUCCCUUGUUCUUAGAUGAAAAGAUGUUUAUGGUUUUUAUAGUUUCAGAUGCUAUAUCACUCUUUUCUUCCACAACUUCAGUGUUGAUGUUUUUGGGAAUCCUUACAUCACGAUAUGCAGAAGACGAUUUCCUAAAAUCCUUACCCACAAAGAUGAUAAUUGGCCUUUCAACACUCUUGAUCUCCAUCGCUUCCAUGAUGGUUGCCUUUUGUUCUGCUCUUUUCCUUAUGCUCCAUGAAAGACUAUGGAUUGUCAUUCCAAUCAUUUUCCUCGCCAGCGUUCCAGUCACCUUAUUUAUUUGGAUGCAAUUUCCCCUUCUUGUUGAGAUUUUCAUUUCUACACACGGAGGAGGGAUAUUUGACAAGAAAGUGAGACGGUGGAUAUAAAUUCUUGAUGGUAUAUGAAAAAUUGUAUAACUUUGUAUUUGUUGUUCUUCAAUUUGGAAGACAUUGUUGAAUAGGAGAACCUUCACUUCUC